AUGCCUUUGGCAUUCUUCCAUCAGGUGCAGGCUGUGUUGUGGCCGGAGGCAAACAUGCCCCAUGAUAUCCUCACUGCUGCCGAGAUCGAGGUCAUCGUGAAGAAUUACAAGGAAGGAGGGUCGGUUCGUCAGCUGGCCAGGCAGUUUUGGCAGGCCCAAGAGGAGAUGAGAGCCUCCGAUGCAUUUGCAAGACCAGUCAUGUUUCUAGGAGUUCAAUUUGUGCGAGAAGUGGGAAGAGUUUGA